ACGGCGCCGAUCUCGGGCAGCCGUGACCGCGACCGUGACCACGACCGCUACAGCGAAGGGUGUUACCUCGCCCCGAAAGGACCAGGACUUCCCAAAGCGCCCGCUGCCAAAAUGCCGGCCCUCAGCAACGACUGUCCACAUUUGGAGUCCGUUGGCGAAAUAACAAAAGAAAACCUGAUCCAGAAAUCUCUCGGCACCUGCCAGGACUGUAAAGUCAGGGGACCGAAUCUCUGGGCCUGCCUCGAGAAUCGCUGCGCGUACGUCGGCUGUGGCGAGUCCUACGUCGAUCACAGCACCAUCCACUCUCAGGAGACGAAGCACUAUCUCACCGUGAACCUCACCACCCUCCGCGUGUGGUGCUACGCCUGCACCAAAGAGGUCUUCCUGGACAGGAAGUUCGGGGCUCCGGCGGCCCCCGGGAGGCAGCUGCCCGCAGCCCAGGAAAAUGGCAUCCAGGACUCGAAGGUGCCCCAUCCCGCCCUCAAGACUCCCCUGGCGGCAGUCUUCGAUGACCUGGACAGAGAGGUGGGCGAAGAGGACGAGCUGAAGGCCAGGGGUCUCACGGGGCUCAAAAACAUCGGCAACACUUGCUACAUGAACGCGGCUCUGCAGGCGCUCUCUAACUGCCCGCCCCUGACCCAGUUCUUCCUGGACUGCGGAGGCCUGGCCCGAACGGACAAGAAGCCCGCCAUCUGCAAGAGCUAUCUCAAGCUGAUGACGGAGCUGUGGCACAAAAGCAGACCUGGCUCCGUCGUCCCCACCAGCCUGUUCCAAGGGAUCAAGACCGUCAACCCGGCGUUCCGGGGUUAUUCCCAGCAGGACGCCCAAGAGUUCCUGCGCUGUCUCAUGGAUCUGCUUCACGAGGAGCUGAAAGAGCAGGUCCUGGAGACGGACGGCGGAGGCAGCCAGGCCGUGGCGGUGGUGGCGGCGGCGGGGGCCGAGGAGAGCAUGGAGGAGGGGGAGGACAAGAGCUCGGUGCCGGCACCGCCAUCACCAUCGGAGAUGGAGUUCCAGUCAUGUGAUUCUUGUGGUGACAAAGCCGAGAACGAGCUGGGACCACGAGGCUUCGCCGACGACCACGCAGAGACCGCCAUGUUAAUCCAGGAGGACGAGAACCGCUCCGAGGAGGCCAAGGACAAGGUGGGCCUCAAAGAGAGCCCCAGGAGUGCCCAGGAUGACGAGGAGAAAGACGACAACACUCUGGUCGAGAUGGUGGACGCCCUCCACGCCGCCCAGGACACCGUCAAGGUCCAGAUCCACGGCCGCUUAUCAGAGCAUGUGGCUGACGGUCACUUGAAUGACCACUUUCCAUUGAGCGAAGGAGGUCAUCUGCGCUUGUCCACGAGCCCUUCCAGGCCGGGCCCCUUGUGGCCAGGAGUGUCCGGCCACAAACGAGCUCUGCCGGCCUUGUCUCCCAAGAGGAAGAAGCAGCACAAGAGAUACAGGAGCGUCAUUUCAGACAUCUUUGAUGGGACCAUUGUGAGCUCGGUGCAGUGUCUGACCUGUGACCGGGUGUCGGUGACGCUGGAGACCUUCCAGGAUCUGUCCCUGCCCAUCCCGGGCAAGGAGGACCUGGCCCGGCUGCACUCCUCCAGCCACCCCACGGCCAUCGUGAAAGCGGGCUCCUGCGGGGAGGCGUACGCGCCCCAGGGCUGGAUCGCCCUGCUCAUGGAGUACUUCCGCAGCUGGUUUUGGGGUCCCGUAGUCACCUUGCAGGACUGUCUCGCCGCCUUUUUCGCCAGAGACGAGCUCAAGGGUGACAACAUGUACAGUUGUGAAAGGUGCAAAAAGUUGAGGAACGGAGUCAAGUUCUGCAAGGUGCAGAAGUUCCCUGAGAUCUUGUGCAUCCAUCUCAAGAGGUUCCGGCACGAGCUCAUGUUCUCCACCAAAAUCAGCGCCCACGUGUCCUUCCCGCUCGAAGCCCCUCCGAGGUCUGGGCCGCCCCCUCCCCUCAGAGGCUCAGCUGCCCGUCUGGGGGGUCUCAGGAAGAGCAGCGAGGACGCGCGGAAGGAGCGGCGGCGCGUGUCCAGCUUGCUGAACAUGAUGGAGCCGAGCCUCCUCCAGUUCUACGUCUCCCGGCAGUGGCUGAACAAGUUCAAGACGUUCGCCGAGCCGGGCCCCAUCUCCAAUCAGGACUUCCUCUGCCUUCACGGAGGGGUCCCCCCACGCAAGGCCAGCUACAUCGAGGACCUCGUCGUGAUGCUGCCUCAGAACAUCUGGGACAACCUGUACAGCAGGUACGGGGGAGGACCGGCCGUCAACCACCUGUACGUCUGCCAGACCUGCCAGAUAGAAGCCGAGAAGGUCGAGAAAAGAAGGAAGGCGGAGCUGGAGAUGUUCAUUCGGCUGAAUCGCGCCUUCCAGGAAGAGGAGUCUCCGGCGGCGUUUUUCUGCAUCAGCAUGCAGUGGUUCAGAGACUGGGAGGGCUUCGUGAAGGGCAAAGAUGGAGAUCCCCCCGGCCCCAUCGAUAACACUAAGAUCGCCAUCAACAAGGGCGGCAACGUCCUCCUCAAACAAGGGGCAGACUCGGGGCAGAUUUCUGAAGAAACGUGGCAUUUCCUCCAGUCCAUCUAUGGCGGAGGGCCUGAGGUGAUUCUGCGGCCCCCGGUGGCCCCCAUGGACCCUGACACGCUGCAGACAGAGGAGAAGAUUGAAGUCGAGACUCGGGCCCUCUAACCAAUCACGUCUAAGGAAAAUCGUUUCCACUUGCACAAAUUGAACAAAAUCAUUCCUGAAAGCAUGUGUAUUUUCCCGCUUUUUCCCCUCCCCCGCCCCCCCCUGGGCAUUACAGUUGCGGACGAGCGCAGGAGACUCGGCGUCGGCUAUAGGUUGAUGCGUCUCCUGAGAAAAUUUACUGUGAAACCUCCCAAUGGCGCAUUUUGAAAGGGACGAGCUCCGUGGCCGGAGAUUGUUCAAUCAGUGGACAGUAGGUCGUUGAUCCUUUUUUACUACAUGUAAACCGAUGAUAUCCUUUGUAGACUUGUCAAAUAAAACUGCUUUGAAAACGUUGUCCCUCCCCUCAUGCCGUGAUUCUGGCCACGCCCGGACCAGGCGGACUCCGCGGGGCCUCCUUCCACGGUCAGAAGCCGGGAAUCGGCCGCUGGGACUCGGGAAGAGCAGCCCCUCCCCCUCUCGCGCUACCCUCUGUAAUGACGAACGCUUCUUCCCCGGACGUGUCGGCGUGUCAGCAGCCGUCGUCUUCGCCUCGUCGCCGCGGCUUCCAGGGCCCUCGGAACGUUUGUGUUAAAGGCGUGGACAUUCCUGCCGUGUCAUCCAUCCUCUGCGAGCGAGCGGCGUGGCGGCGGGAUGGCGAGACCCGCGGAGGACUCCUGGGCGUGGGGGGAGGGACCCACUGUGGCUGCCACCAGCUCAAGCAAUGUUCUGAACUAGCUCAAUAAAGUGAUUUUUUAAACCCA